GUUCACAAUUUCAGCAACCUAAGGUUAAUCGCAUCUCAUUUGAAUAGAAAGUGUCUGCUAAAACAACAUUGAGAAGUAUGAGGUGUAAAGCUACUCAAACCCAAAGCGUCCAAAAGAAAUCUUCAAGUGCAACUGUUCAACGUGAUAAGAAAGGGAAAGUUCAAGGGCCAAAGCUGGACGAUGGAAGUGGUGGGUUCCCUCCGUUCCGCUUCGGCAAAGGUGGGGGCGGUGGUGGAGGUGGCGGGGGUGGCAGCAACUACUUCGGCAGAUUCCUGCUCCUCUCCUGUGUGUUGCUCCUGGAUUACCUGAAGGAGUUUGAGAAGUACCUGCUUACUCGGAAGCACCGAGGUGGAGACGACACCAGCAACGGGCUGCUACAACCAUGAUCACCCUUCGCCAGUCUCACUAGCACUAGCUACUCGUUUCUGUUCUAAUGAAGAAGGCUUCUGGUUGUGGCUGCCAUUUGGAACAUAACAUGUGACUGUCAUGGUAGUUUAUGUUCUCUUUCUGAUGGACUUCUGAGAAAGAUCAUGUUGGACUUGAGACUCAAAUUACAGGACUGCGGGUAGUUUAUGUU